UUAAUAUCAUUUUUUAAAAUUCUUUUACGAAUCUCGGCGGCAAAAGAAAAAAUGGCCUCGAUUUCCACGCCCUAUGUUCCUCCCGCGCUUCUUCCUAAUUCACGGCCGUUGCAGAGGCGUUUCCGAUCCUCCGCCGCCUUUUCACCGUCAUCGAAUCGGUCUCCGUCCGUCGUUUCGGCACUUUCCGGCCACCGCAUCGCCAAUUCUGCGCCGUCAAGAAGUGGAUCGUAUACGGUUGGGGAUUUCAUGACGAAGAAGGGGAAUCUGCAGGUCGUGAAGCCUUCUACGACCAUCGACGAAGCAUUGGAGGUUCUUGUAGAGAACAAAUUAUCUGGGUUCCCUGUAGUUGACGGCGACUGGAAACUGGUGGGUGUUGUUUCAGAUUACGACUUGUUAGCCGUGGACUCCAUUUCAGGUGUAGGUGGUGGGGACUGGGAGACUAAUAUAUUUCCAGAUGUCAACAUUAGCUGGAAAAGCUUCAAGGAGAUACAGAAAUUGGUAAGCAAGACCAACGGGGAAGUUAUUGGAGAUUUGAUGACGCCUGCUCCAUUGGUUGUUCGUGAAACCACAGACUUGGAAAAUGCUGCCAGGCUGUUGCUCGAAACAAAGUUCCAUAGUUUGCCGGUGGUAGACUGUGAUGGGAAGCUGGUGGGGAACAUUACCAGAGAAGACAUAGUAAAAGCGGGUCUGCAGAUCAUGAAACGUACUCAAACUUAAAUAUGAUUCAGAAGACACACCGUUGAAAAGACUACCUUUAGAAGAAUGUAUUUAUAGAUAUAGGAGGAAUUACAAAUUCAUUUCCCAAAAAUUAAUAUACGCAUAAAUUUUGACCCA